UGACUAGGUUUGACCGAACCUACUACUUGAACACCGCCAAACAAAACACUAAAAUCUACUCACAUUCUUUCUUCUUUGUUUCUUCCUUGCGCUCCUCUCCAGAUCUCUCUCGCUCCAGCCGCCAUAAACCCUAGACCAAAAAAAAUCAUCAAUUUCGACUGCAGAAAACCAAACCAGAAUCACCCGAAAGCUGGAAAGUUAUGGAUCCCUCAGAAGUCAAGGACCUGGCUUAUUACAAGAAACAUAUUGAUCCGUCGGAACCCAAGGACCAUGAAUUACAAGCGAUGUGGUCCAGAUUGAUGGUGGCACAAGAUCAUGCGACUACCGAGGAGGAAAAACUAUCAGUCAAGCGCCAGAAAGAAGAGUUGAAGGCUGCCGCUGCCGAGAGGCUGAGAGAGUUGAAACCAAAGGCGGUCUGUACUCCAAUACUGCGGGGGCUAACAGUUACUGAGGCGAAUAAGAUGCAGAAGAAAAUCAAGAAACGGUCGGCGCAGGCAUCAAAGUGGGUAUCAAAGAACGCUGAGAAAUGCUUUAAGGCAUUCGAAGAGCAUAUGAAAGAGAAAAAAGAGAAAGAGAAUGUAUAGGCUACGCUUCUCUCAUAUUGUGAUUAUCAGUUUCGUUGAAAUCUCUUAUCAAUAUACACUACUAUAACUUCUGAAUUCGUUUAUGUAGUGUAUUUUUUUGUCUAAUGAAUUGCUGGCAAUAACUAUUCUGUAGCAGUCUUAUAUAUAUGAUUACUUCUUUUUACCAGUGAA